AUGGAGAACAAAGAAAUGGUAGAAGAAUUGAACACUCCUGAGGAUGAGGAGAAGCGGAAGGUCCGGAGGGAGCGGAACAAACUAGCCGCAGCCAAAUGUCGCAACAGGAGGAGGGAGCUGACCGAUAGCCUGCAAACGGAGACAGAGAAGUUGGAGGGAGAGAAAUCGGUUCUGGAGACGGAGAUUGCGGAUCUCCUGAAGGAGAAAGAGAAACUGGAAUUUAUUUUGGCCGCUCACCGGCCCGUGUGCAGGGUCCCAGAGCCAGAAGCCCAGAGCCUCCCCACCGCCAGCACCCAGACUGUCCACUCGGAAGCGGCUGCAACCCCCCCAGCCCCGGCCCCCGACUUCGUGAGCAGCCUGGACUCGGGGAGGUCGGUGCCUGAUGUGGAUUUAAUCGGCCUGGCUGACUGGGAGCCCCUCUAUUCCUCGCUGCCUGCCGACUGUGAGCCUUUAUGUACACCUGUCCUGCCUGAGACCCCCAGCGGAUCCUAUUCGUCCUCCUUCGCUUUCAGCUACCCGGAGAUUUCUGGCUGCGGCUCCAUCAUCCACCCAGGAAGCGGCAGUGAACAUUCGUCGGACUCCCUCAACUCCCCCACGUUACUGGCCUUGUAGGCAGUCCUGGCACAGACACUUUCUCAUCCCCGGCACUGCAUGCGUCUGUCUGGGAGGGCAAAGGGCUGUCAACAACCCCCCCCCCCCC